CCAGACUUGGGUUUCCCACGCUCUUGAAAGGCUGCCGAGACACAGUGACACAAUUAUGGCUGCAAAAUCAGCAGAGGGAACACAGACCAUUGAGAAUGAAGAGACCCCUGGAGACUGCUCAGGAAAAAAGAAAUCGAAAUUCCAGGCAUUCAAAAAAUUAUUUGUCAAAAAGAAGAGGAAAGAAUCUCCAGCACCAAGCAGAGAAAGCAACCUAAAACCCAGCCAGUCCAGCAGUGAUGUCAGUGUGUCUGGAGCCAAUGAGUCUGCUUUUCAACCAGCUCAUGAAUCUGUGGCCAAAAGCAAUAUGGGAAGUAAAGCGGUUUCCCAUGACAGUAUAUUCAUUUCUGAGGUGGAGAACUCUACAAAAGAGGAUACAUCACAGGAAAACACCCCUAGCAAAGUAAAAGCUUUACAGCUGCAACUUCAGCAAAACCUCCGUAUAGGCUCUCCACCGCAGGGUAUCCUUCACAAGAAACUUGAGGAUUCUGGAGCACUUUCAGAGGAUGACGGGUUACCAAGGAGUCCUCCAGAGAUAACUUCCUUGCAUGAGAUUCUGGCACUGUCAUCCGGCAAAACUCUUGGCAUUGCACAGAGACGCAGCUCUUUAAGUUUAGGAGGCACAGACAGUGAAGACGAACCGGAGUCAUGUGAAACCUCUUCAUGUCCCAUCAGUCCACUGAAUUCCAGUAUCCUGAGUUCCAACUCUCCAGGCAGCCAUUAUUUAGUAGAUUUCACAGCUCCGCCAAGUUCUUUGGUCUGUCUGGAUAAUUCUGCAGCAAAGCACAAGAUUGCUGUCAAGCCAAAGAAGAAAAGUGUCAUGAAUUUACAUCGAAUAAAGGAUGGUACUGGCUUUACCAAAGAUUUGCACUUCAAAUUAAAAGAGAAGAUGGAAAACAAGGUUGCAUCCGAGGACAAAGUCCAUAUUCCUUACUCGGGAGAAAACUCUGCUGAGCAAGACGUACCAAAAGAACAAGCCAAAUGUAUAGAAGACAAGAUAGAAGAGACUGAGACCAUGUCUCUAACUGAACACGAAGAUUCGUCAGUGAGAAAGACGCAGAAUUAUGGGACCUGUUUUGCUGAAAAACAGAUAAUGUCACUUCCGGAUGAAACUGAUGAAAGUGAUGUGGAUUUCCAUGCAAGUUAUUUAACUGUGGAAGAUCAGGUAAAUGGUAAUGAGGAAGACACUGAAAUUGAAAGAAAAAGUACUGGCGUGCCACACAUCAGCCAUUCUACCCCUAUGCAUGAACUAGAUGAGGUUACAGCUCAAUUAGAACCUUCUGAAAUGGAGGAUAAUGCAGUGGAAACCGUUCACUUAGAGGUUGGUGAAGAUGUCGAAUGUGAUAUAUUUAAAGAUCCUUUAAAAAUCCAAAAGAACACAUUAGCAUUUGAAAACGAUGAACCUAUAGUCAAUGACAAAGAUCAAGAGCAUAAGGAGUAUGGAAAAGUGUUACCCAAUUUAACAGAGCUACAGGAAGACAUUUUAGAAGUAACUGCAAGUACUUCGGAUACACGUGUGGUCUCAAUUCCACAAAAACAUAUCAUGGAAACCGAAUCGGAAAUUUCCGUCAUAAAGGUUGACAAAUCUGUUCCUAAUGUAGCUUCAGAAUGUAUUCUAAUAUUUGAAAGCACUGAUAAUGAAAAGACUUCAGAAACAUCCAGUACAAAUGCUAUGACUGAUCAACUUACAAUUAUUGAUACACUGUCAACAGAUGAAAAAGUAGAGACCCUUGGUCCCAGGAUAAUUGAAACCCCUAAGGAUACAUCUUUUAAUGAUGGUCAUAGUAAAUGUUCAUCCUCUUCUUUAAACUUGGGUAGUGGGGAAAAUGGCAGUUCCGAUAUUCAAGACACAAACGAGUAUGCUACAGAAACAAGCAAAACAAUCAAAACAAAUGAUUCAAAUGUUGACAGCAAGCUUAGAGCCUCCAACAAACCAGUUAGGUUUACUGUGGCUCCAGCAUGGCAAAGAUCACUCUCAGUCGGGGGUAAUGUCAAAGAUGGCUCCUACUCUAAAAAUAAGAUAUCUAGUACUAUGAAGUCUGAAUCAUUUGAUGGGUCAGAGGAUCUUACGAUGGUUAUAAAUCAGGAGGACUAUAGGAAAGGUGAAAACAAAGAAGAUUCAGGUGUUGCUUUUGGUAUCAGAUUACGAAGGACCUCAUCUUCUAAGAAAUACAAUGAGGAAUAUCCUGAAGAGCAAUCCAAACUAUAUACAUCCCCUGUUGAAACUGGGUCAAUCGUCCCAACUCAAACUAUCCAAACACCAACAAAAACGGCACAGCCUCUUCAGUCAGAAACUUCGAAAGCUUCGAAACCAUCGCAUACCGCAGAAGACAAACCUCAAAAGAAACAAAAGGCAGAAGAUCUUUCUUCACAUGAAAGCACAGGACCAUCGUGGAUUACAGUGGCAAAGCUGAAGCAGAAAGGAUUUCAGGAUCAUCCUCUUGCCAGAGAACACAGUCCUAUGGCUGAAGGUGAUACAAGUGAGGGCGAUGGUGAGUCUUCCCAGAAAAGAAGUGCAGCUGCUAGUCAAGAACUAGAUGUCAAGGAGACGGAGCCAAUAUCUGAGAGUCCAGUUAUUCAGAGUAACCUUCCAGAAUCUGGGAAAAAUGCACAAUCUGCUCCACCACAAAAUCCGGAUGAACCACCAUGGUUCUCCUUGGCAAAGAAAAAAGCAAAAGCAUGGAGUAAGAUGCCUCAGAUCGUGCAGUAGUAUCACAUGAAUGUUGUAUGUUUGUUGUUGUUUUUGUUUCCGGUUUUACCUUUUUCAGCCAAUGCUAUCAAGAAAAUUUAUUUUUCUUAAUUUCUGUAAAUGAAUUUGCAAUAAGGAACACUGUCCCUUAUUUCAGAACAUUGUAUUUGUAUAUACCUGUGCUUUUUGACUUCCAAAAGAGCUUUUGACCCUUAUAGAAAAUCAUUUAAAAACAAUGCAAAUGUAAUUAUGUUUAUAUAACAGAUUUAUGCGAUUGCUGGCUGUGCUGAGACCAUACCAAUAUAACUAUAAAGCUAUACAAGGAGAGAGUACACAACACAUAGCUAUAUGUAUUAAGGUAACUUCUGUCUUCCUAAGACUAUUAACAGGAUGGAAACUUUUAACAGAAGGGGCUUUGUAGCAUUAAAGCCUCACUUCGCGGAACUGGCAAGGUGGAACUCCAUCCCACCUCCCUCUCAUGCACCUUGCCAGGCUUUUUAAUUUCCCUUCCUUACAGCUAUACUCGCCUAAAUCUCUAUCCAGGUCCAGCACUGCACCCCUCUACUGAUGUUGGUCCCCUUUUGGAUCCUGAGGCUGGAUGUCUAGUGGGAAGUGUCUACGAUGAGUCUUCAUGUGCUUACAGGCUUUUAGUGAUUGUUUUUGUGUGCGUGUGUUUGUUUGUUCUUUUUCUUUUUUAUCACUGUGAGUUUAUAUAAGAAAUUAAAGUGGAAAAAAAAUUUACCUUUUACCAUCUACCAAGUCUAACUUCACAUCAAAAUCACAUGACCAUACUAACACAUAUCCAGCAUUCUCAACUUGGACCUAUGGAAACCUGGCAACAGCCAACACAUACAUUUAGGCAUCUUCCACACUAUGUAUUGCUUUCAAAGGGUUAGUUCAUCUUUUCUGAAAAAAUUAAAAGGUGAAAGAAUUAUGUUCACACACCCCAACUCCUCUGGGAAGGAAGCUGCAGAAAAAUUAGAGGGAAGUGUAGGGAUUUCAAAUCCUGGGCUGAUGCCUCGGCUGCAUGGGCAGUAUCUGCUUAUCACCUAUGGAGGCAAAUACAGCUGGGAUUGGGGAAGAUGUAUAGUGUGUGUGUGUGUGUGUGUGUGUGUGUGUGUGUGUGUUCACCUUUCCAUUUUUUUCUGAAAAGGUGAACUUGCACUUUUUAACAUAUUCAUGCAACAAAUGAUUUUGUAGUUUUAUAGUAACACAUAAAUUACCAUUUUAAUGCAGUGCACCACAACACUGCUAAUUAUUACAUUGGGGUGCCUUUCAGAAUGAAUGGCAACAUGUUGCAAUUUGUGUGUUGUGUGGAUAGGCUCUUAAUGUCUGACUGUCCCACAACUACCUGUAGUGGAUAGAAAUCCAUUCGGUCACAGGUAAAUACAAAGAUGUCAAGAGGCCCUAAAAAGCUUUGCUCACCCUUCCCUUAGGUUUGAAAUUUCUAGACAAACAAGUAAAUUUAGCAAUUUCAAAGAAUACAUUUGCAAGAGUGCAGAAGGAUAUAGGAAUUGACACAUUUGAACAAAAAUCUUGCUGCUAUAGUCUGACAUAUAAAGUGACUGACACAUUAUCAGUCUGAUUUUUAUGGUAGGUUCUUUUUAACAAAGAGUAAAGAACAUCCAAAAAAAUCACAUUUGAAAAAAGUUAUAAAUUGAUUUGCAUUUUAAUGAGUGAAAUAAUUAUUUUACCCCUUCACUAAACAUGACUUGGUGGCAAAACCCUUGCUGGCAAUCAGGGAGGCGAGAUGUUUCUUGUAGUUGGCCACCAGGUUUCCACACCUCUCAAGAGGGAUUUUGUCCCACUCCUCAUUGCAGAUCCUCUACAAGUCAUUAAGGUUUCGAGGCUGACGUUUUGAUAGCGCGAACCUUCAGCUCCUUCCACAUAUAUUUUAAGGGAUUAGGUCUGGAGACUGGCUAAGACCUUUUAUGUGCUUUUUGAGCCACUCCUUUCUUGCCUUGGCUGUGUGUUUUGG